UUGAUUAAAUUUUUUUCCUAUGCACUAGAUUGAUUAAUCUAAGUUAAGCUAAGAAGGUAUUUAAAUGUUGGGGAUUGUUGAGAAUAUGAGACCAAGAAAGGAUAGGAAGCGAGUCAACCGGUCCAUGGCUGGUUGUUCCAAGGACUAAAAUUCUUUUCCGUGCUCCUUUUGUCUUUGCAGCAGAGCGAAAACCCACGAAGAAUCACUCGUAUAUCUCCCUUUCGCGCGACCAAUCAUAUUCAUAGGAUCUGUGUUGCUUUAAUGAGAGCUAGCCGGGUCUUCGUUGAUCUUAGUCUUUGUGAGGUGGGUUUCUUGGAUUUUUGAAUUUCAGUGAGGAAUUUGAUCGAGGUCUGUGUUUGAAUGGGAGUCUGCUUCAGCAAUGGCAUCAAGGCUGUGAGUCCUUUCCAUACUGGGUUAAGUUCGAAAAAUGCAAGCAGAGAUGUUAGAUAUUUCAGUCAUUCAAGCAGCAAAGCCUCUUCGGGUUCCAUACCCCAGACUCCUCGGAGUGAGGGUGAGUUAUUACAGUCCCUAAAUUUAAAGAAUUUCAGCUUCAGUGACUUGAAGACCGCCACUAGAAACUUUCGCCCUGAUAGCGUAUUAGGAGAAGGUGGCUUUGGCUCGGUUUUCAAAGGAUGGAUUGAUCAGCAUUCACUUACAGCUGCCAAGCCUGGGACUGGCAUGGUGAUUGCCGUGAAGAGGCUCAACCAAGAAGGAUUUCAGGGUCACAAGGAAUGGCUGGCAGAGAUAAACUAUCUUGGGCAGUUGUAUCAUCCUAAUCUUGUAAAGUUGAUCGGUUACUGCUUAGAGGAUGAGCAUCGACUUCUGGUUUAUGAGUUCAUGCCUCGGGGUAGCAUGGAGAAUCAUCUCUUUAGGAGAGGCCCUCACCACCAGCCACUCUCUUGGAACCUCCGAAUAAAAAUUGCCCUUGGUGCAGCUAGGGGGCUUGCUUUCCUUCACAGUGCUGAAGCCAAGGUCAUUUAUCGAGACUUCAAGACUUCUAAUAUCCUGCUUGAUGCGAAAUACAAUGCAAAACUUUCUGAUUUUGGGUUGGCCAGGGAUGGGCCAACUGGUGAUAAGAGCCAUGUCUCUACUAGGGUAAUGGGAACUUAUGGAUAUGCGGCUCCAGAAUAUCUAGCCACAGGUCAUUUGACUGCCAAGAGUGAUGUAUACAGUUUUGGGGUGGUUCUCCUCGAAUUGUUAUGUGGCAAACGAGCUAUAGACAAGAAUCGGCCAUCUGGACAGCACAACCUGGUAGAAUGGGCAAAAUCGUACCUGACGAACAAACGUAGACUACUUCAUGUUAUAGAUUCCCGUCUUGAGGGCCAGUACUCUCUUACUCAGGCACAGAAGGUGGCAACUCUUGCACUUAUCUGUCUAGCCAUAGAACCCAAGUCCAGGCCAAACAUGGAUGAGGUGGUAAGAGUGUUGGAGCAGCUUCAAGAACCAAAGGAUGUACCAAAAUCGCCAAAACCUCCUUCAAAAGAGCACCAUUUGAAUGGCCAUGGCCUUUCUAGUGAUCGGCGAAGUGCUUAUCCUCGGCCUUCAGCAUCCCCACAUCAUCCUUAGAAGAGAAUUCUGUGCAGAACUAACUUAGUUAUAGGCAUCUACUGCAAGAAUGUUUUGUCCAAGCAGUGUACAGUUUUUUCUUUUUGGGUAUAAUUUCUGCGACGCCUGCUUUUAAAUGUUUUUUUGUUGAAACUUUUUUUUGAUGAGGCAGUGUCAUUGCUCUUGAAAGUCCCAUGGAUACUGUAAUCAUGUUUUAUGUAGUUGAGUGGUUUCCUUGUACUAUUUUUAGCAAGUUAACCUUUUUCUCCUGGG